UUGUUGGGUGGUGAGGCAAUACGUGCGGCAAUCUCAAAUUAUCACCCAAAAUAACAACAUUAAAAGGUUUAGCGAUGCGAUCCUUCUGUUGUUGUAUAUUUAUUGUCGCUACGGUCUGAAAAUCGAAUGCGACAACAAUCGGAAUCUAAAUUUGCCGAAUAGAAGAACGAGUAGUUCUGAAGCAGUUGGUUCUGUUGUAACGGUCUCUCGGGAUUUGUGUGUCUUUCUGCGCUGUCAAGGUUUCUAAGUGUUUUUGAAGUUGGAUUAUAUUCAGAGAAGACUUGGAGUCAGUCACGAAUAAAGCGGAUCGAGUCUGAGCCGAACUGUGAGACAUUUUAACACCUUUUUUUGUUCUUCGAACCCAUCAUGGAGUACAAAGUGGAAGCGCACCGGAUCAUGAGCAUCUCCUUGGGGAAGAUUUACAACUCCCGAGUCCAGCGCGGAGGCAUCAAGCUGCACAAAAACCUGCUGGUGUCUCUGGUCCUCCGAAGCGCCCGGCAGGUUUACCUGAGUGAUUACUACGGCGGAGUGUGUCUGAGCGCCCAGCACGGAGAAAGCAGGGAGUGGGAGCUCCAGGAGACCGAGCGGGGGAAGGAGUCCGGCCCGACCUCCGCGGAGUGUGAGCGGCUCGAGCAGAUGCAGAGAGGCGGAUGUGCUGAAAGCCAGCCACAGGCCGAUUCUCUCUCGGACCCUAAUGGUAAUAUCACGCUCGAUGCUUCUCCGUCAUCGACAGAGUCUGCUGUGGUCAGUAGUGACACUCGGUGUGAAUCUAAAGCGGCCCAGGUGGGCUCUGUGGAGCGUGAAAUGGAGGUGUUACUGGGAGCGGAAGGACUUUCGGUGGAGUCUCAGAAACCCGCCGCCUGUUCAAACAGGAAACGGAGCGCCGAGCAGUCAGCAGGCACCGCGGACUCUCCCUGCAAACGGACUAAAACAUCCUCAGAUCAGGAGGAAAGCGACGAGAUGGACACGAGCAACGUGUCGAACCUCAUCACCAUUUUCGGCUCUAGUUUUACCGGACUUUUGAGCAAAGACAGCGCGAAAGAGGACCCCCAGGAGGACACCGGGGACUCGGGCCAAAUCUGCUGCGACCAAAUGCUAAAGAAUCUCAACCCAUGGAACACAGCCAUCGUUGCGUUUUAAGGGGGGAAAAAACCCGUUUGGAACUUUAAAGUGUUUGUGCUUUGUGCCGUAUUUCUGCGCUGGGUUACUCUAAAACACGUGGUUACGGGACUUCCCCACCACACGCGCGGUGCUACCGGGUACAAGCCCAGCAUGCAGCUCUUCACCACGGCCCAGUCCCAAAUCACCUUCUGUCUAGUGCACUAUAUGUUCAAUAUGCCACCAAUCUACGUAUGUGGUGUGCUCAUAAGGGGACUCGGGAGCCGUUUGGAACACAGCCCAUGUUGUAAAACUGAGGAAUGUUAACGUGUUGGUGCUACUACAGACACUUGCAACGUCAACGGAAAUGACGUCAUUGAACGGAACUGAAACUUUUUCCCCCCUCCCCCUGACACUUGUGCACUUGGUUGAGUUUCACCAGCAAUCAGAAGAUCACGAUGGAGGGUGACUUUUAUUAGUGUGAAGUGUUGUGCUAAUGACAUUUGUACAAAUGAAAAUUACACUGAUUGAUGUAAGAACUGCCUACAAACCAAGAGUCUACAAGACUGAGGCCACUGGUUUUUCUCCCCAGGUGUCUUUGUUUUAUAAAGACUUGUACAUUUUGUAGCAUUUUUUUUUUUUUUUUUGUUCCUGUACAUAUUUUCAAUGUUGCAUUAUGAAUAUGUAUUUUGGUAUUUACUAUUCUGACUAUUACGUGAUGGUCACGUAUUAAAAAAUGUGAAAUUA